CUGCGUCCCUCACUCAAAACCCUAAACACAAGCUCAAAAAAAUAUUCAAAGUAGGGUUUUGCAACUCUUCUGCAUCGAGCCGCUCUUUCUUUUAAUCUAUCUCAAACCCCAUAAAAGAUCUCAACUCCCAUUUCAAAUCUCUUCACUCUCAACAAUGGGGAAAUCAAGCAAGAAAUCAACCCCAAAAGUUGAAGUAGCUCCUGCUGCAGUUCCUCUGCCUGGAAAGAAAGGUAAGAGAGAAGCUGAAGAGACUCCUGAGAAACAAGUGACUACCAAAAAGCAGAAGAAAAACGAUGGCGUAGCGCAGGCUGUUGUACAGAAGAAGGUUGAAGCUAAGACUCAGAAGAAGAAGAAAGAUGAAACCAGUAGCUCGUCUGAUGACUCUUCUGAAUCCGAAGAUGAACCUGCACCUGUGAAGAAACAGCCGACUAUUGCCAAGAAUGGUUCUAUACCUACAAAGAAAGCAAAACAAGCUAGCAGUUCAGGUUCUUCAGACUCUAGCAGCGAGGAAGAAUCAUCUGAUGAAGAAGCUCCUGCCCAGAAUAAAAAACCCGCAGUUGCUACUACAAAACCCUCUGUUCCAGCUGCUAAGAAAGUGAAAGCUGAUAGCAGUUCAGAUUCUUCUUCUGAUGAUGAUUCUGACGGGGAUGAUGAGCCUGCCUCAAAAACAAACGUAGCAGUAGCUGCUAAAAAUGGAGCUGCACCUGUUAAGAAAGAUAAGGAUUCUGGCAGUUCAGAUGAAGAUAGCAGCUCAGAUGAAGAGGAAGAAAAACUGAAGCCUGCUGCUAAGAAAGGACCUACUUCUGUUACUAAGAAGGAAUCAAGUGAUAGUUCAGAAAGCGAGAGCUCUUCGGAUGAAGAUGAUAAACCUCCUCAAAAGGCUGCUUUGCCUGCAUCUUCUGUGAAGACUAAAUCAUCAUCCAGUGAGAGCAGCUCUGAGGAGGAUUCCGACGAGGAUUCUGAUGUGGAUGCCAAGAAAGCAACUACUGUGAAGAAAGCUUCUGCUCCUCCUGCCAAGAAGGUCGAGGAAUCCAGCAGUAAUGACUCUGAUGACGAAAAGCCAAAGGUUGCUUCAAAUGCUAAAGCUGUUAAAAAAGCAAGCAGUAGUGAAGAGGAAGAUUCUGAGGAAUCAUCAGAUGAUGAGGAAAGUGAUGAAGAUGAAGCCCCAAAGAAAAAAGAUACAGAUGUUGAAAUGAUUGAUGCUUCAACACCUGCCAAGCAGGAUUUUAAGUCUGAGAAGAAAGCUCCCCAAACUCCUGCAACCCCUCAAGCUGCUGGAUCAAAGACUCUGUUUGUUGGAAACUUAUCUUUUCAAGUUGAAGAAGCUGAUGUAAAGAAUUUCUUCAAAGAUGCUGGUGAAAUUGUGGAAGUCCGUUUUUCCUCUGACCCUGAAGGGAACUUUAAGGGCUAUGGACAUGUUGAAUUUUCUACAGCAGAGGCUGCACAAAAGGCACUAGAGUUGAAUGGUGAAUAUUUGCUGAAUCGUGCAGUUAGACUUGAUUUGGCUCGUGAAAGGGGCGCAUAUACACCACACAGCGGCGAUGGGAACAGUUCAUUCCAGAAAGGAGGAAGAGGUCAAUCUCGAACAAUAUUUGUCAAAGGAUUAGAUCAAUCUCUUGACCAGGAUGAGAUCAAGAAUUCCUUGCAAGAGCAUUUUGGUUCUUGUGGUGAGAUUUCUAGGGUGGCGAUACCAACAGAUCGGGAAACUGGUUCUGUGAAAGGUUUUGCUUACAUGGAUUUCGCGGAUGAUGAUAGUUUUAACAAAGCUCUGGAACUUAAUGGGUCGAAACUUAAUAAUUAUUACUUGACUGUCGAUGAGGCGAAACCGAAAGGUGAUUUUGGUGGUGGUCCGGGUAGUGGAAGAGGUGGAAGGAGUGGUGGAUGGAGUGGCGGAAGGGAUGGUGGUGGACGUGGAGGUCGUGGCGGAAGGGAUGGUGGCCGAGGCGGUAGGCGUGGAGGUGGCCGAUUUGGUGGUGGUAGAGGUGGACGUGGAACACCUAAUAAACCAAAUCUUGCUGCUGCUGGCACUGGAAAGAAGACUACUUUCAAUGAUGAGGAUUAAUGAAGCGUGGAGUAGUUUCAAAUGGAAAUGUUUUGGUUUAGGAUUAAACUCAGUUUUGUUUUUCUUCAACUAUUAUGUCGAAUUUGUUGCUACAAUUUUAAAUGUCUUGUUUGUUAAGUAACCAGAAAAUUAUCCUACCAUUUUGAUAUUUUUUGC